AUGGGAUUUUCAACAGGAGACGCUGAAAAAGGUGCCAAAUUAUUUAAAACUCGUUGUGCACAGUGCCAUACAUUAGAAAAAGGUGGCCCUCAUAAGGUUGGACCGAAUCUCCAUGGUAUUUUUGGAAGAAAAACUGGUCAAGCAGAGGGUUACCAAUAUUCUGAAGCCAAUAAAUCUAAAGCAAUAACUUGGUCUGAAGAAACAUUGUAUGAAUAUCUUGAAAAUCCUAAAAAAUACAUCCCCGGAACAAAAAUGGUGUUUCCUGGUUUUAAGAAGCCUUCUGAUCGUAAUGAUAUUAUUACUUAUUGUAAGACAUGUUUAGGUAAUUUUUUACAAUUAAUGAAGAAACAGUGA